UGGCCGAACGGUGGGACCGUCGUCGUUCGUAGCGAACAAAGAGGUGUAACGUGGGGGGUAUAUGGCGUGCUCUUGGACCCGGGGUCCGUCCGUAUUGCGAAGGCGAAAGUGUGCCGUGUAUAUAAGGCCCCGAACGAACGGCAAUCAGCAUCCAGUUCACUUCUGGACGCACCCGGAACAUCGCGAGAGCCAAAAUGAGAAUCCUGAUAUACCUGGCGGUAAUCACUUUCGUAUCCUCGGUCGCAUUGGCCGGGGAAUCCGCAAAAGCUGCGGAAGACAAGAGCGCAACAUCUAAGAAGCAAGAGAAACGCGGCAUUUUGGGUCUUGGAUACGGCUAUGGCUAUGAUGGAGGAUACGAUAUUGGGUCAGCAGGACACGGUAGUGUGGAAUUAGGACAUGGAUAUAGCGGCGGAUAUAGCGGCGGAUAUAGCGGUGGAUAUGGUGGAGGCCAUGGCGGAGGGUAUGGCGGAGGUUACGAGGGCGGAUAUGGUGGCGGCGGCGGCUACGGACAAGAGCACGUUAAAACCGUUACCGUAGUCAAAAACGUAGCUGUGCCAUAUCCAGUGGAGAAGCACAUCCCUUAUCCUGUAGAGAAGCAAGUACCAGUUCCAGUAAAGGUUCCAGUACCACAACCUUAUCCCGUAGAAAAACACGUGCCUUAUCCAGUGAAGGUUCUCGUUAAGGUACCGGUUCACGUGCCGCAACCUUACCCCGUCGAGAAGAAGGUUCCAUACCCAGUACAUGUUCCCGUAGAUAGGCCCUACCCCGUCAAGGUCUUUGUCCCACAACCCUACCCAGUUGAGAAACAGGUGCACGUUCCAGUCAAGAUCCCAGUACCACAACCCUAUCCCGUUGAAAAACCAGUUCCCUAUCCAGUCAAGGUUCCCGUCCAUGUACCACAACCGUACCCAGUCGAGAAACUCGUACCCUAUCCAGUGAAGGUACCAGUUGAUCGUCCAGUCCAUGUCCCAGUUCCCAAACCUUACCCAGUUCAUGUCGAAAAGCCUGUACCUUACCCAGUCGAGAAACCAGUGCCCUAUCCCGUAAAAGUACAUGUUGACAGGCCAUACCCAGUACCCGUAGAGAAGCACGUACCCUAUCCAGUGAAAGUACAUGUACCACAACCCUACCCGGUGGAGAAGCCAGUACCGUAUCCAGUGGAGAAGCCAGUACCGUAUGCGGUCAAGGUGCCAGUCGACAGACCGUACCCCGUACACGUCGAGAGACCAGUACCAUACCCAGUUGAAAAACCAGUACCGGUUCCAGUAAAGGUACCGGUACCCGUAGCAGUCCAUCAUGGUGGUUACGAAGGUGGUCAUGGUAGUUACGAAGGUGGUUAUGGUGGUUACGACGGCGGAAGCAGCGACGGAUAUCACUAUGGUCAUCAUUAAAUCGAUCAACAUGCGCAACUCCCUCAUAGUUAGCGGCUUCUAGGCCGAGGACGAUCGACGACGACAACAACGAUGAGGAAUCGGCCUGGUAUUCACCAUUCCUCCUAGUAUAUUACGUAUUAUAGGUAUGUGUCGUUGCCGUCGUCAUCGUCAUCGUCGUCGUCAUCGUCGUUGUGCUAAGCUUCGAUCGAUAUGCACUUGUACCUGGAUCCGAUAUCUCGAUGAGAGAGAUCCGGUACGAGCUAGCUCCUACCGGAUUUCGAUCGUAUCUUCGAAAUCGGUCGCAAUAAUAAAGAAUAAAGAACAAUACGGAGCCGGCGGCACAGCGGCGUGGGCCAAGCCACCAACUCAAAGAGGGAGACAACAACAAAAAUUAGCUAAGGUGUCCCGAGCUUUGUAGUGUAACGCGUUCUAUUCCUUAUCUUACUUUUAUACCGAAAUAGUAAAGUAUAUGUAAUAUUUUUUUUUUUGUA